ACGUCAUCAGGAGGCGCAUUUAGUGCAUGACGCAAUCGAUCUGCGACGAGAAAGCGGGAAGCUAGCAAUGAUGGCGGUGCCGCAACCCAAGCAGGCGAAAGAGGGCGAAGAUUGCUCUCUGCUGCCUUUGGUUCACGACAUUAUCAAGUGCAUGGACAAGGAGAGCCAGGACGUCCACCAGGAGCUGAGUAAGCUGAAGGCGAAGAUCCAGGAGGCCCGGGAACAGAUCUCCGUCAUGCCGGGCAUUAAGAGCAGCCCCGCCGAGCAACAGCAGCAGCUGGCGAUGCUGCGGGAGCAGGUCCGCACCAAGAACCAGUUGCUGCAGAAAUACAAAAGCUUGUGCAUGUUCGACGUGCCCAAAGCGUCUUGAAUUAGCAGCUCGGACUUCCAAGAUGCCGGGGACACUUUGUUUACAGUGUAAGCCUUACACGUUGGUUCGGAUCAAAUGGACUUUUCACGAGGGACUGACUUCGAGGUUACUCCAUUGCUCUGGGAGGCGAUUUCAACGUCCUAUAUUAUUUUUCUUUGGUUGGCUAUAUGUUUUGUAAUGAAGUCAUGCAGAACAACCAAUUGAAUCAUUGGCUAUUAUUCUUUCGACACGUGACCCCGUGAAAGUUUAUGGACCGUAGAUUUAAGUGUUCUGAACAUCGCAAAACAUAGUUAUUCCCCAACUUCUCCAACUUAAACAUCUUCGUUUUGUAUUUGUGCCUGUCUUCUUUUUUUUAUUAUUAAUGCACCAGAUUGUAACAACACUCAAAUCUCAAACACCGUCUGACUACUGUGUGCAAAGUCAAUUUUGUACAUUACCUGUGCUGCUUUGAGUUCCACUAAGGUGUACAAUUUUAGUGUUUUUAAGUUGAUAAAUAGUGGCUUGGUUGGCUCGUUUUUACGUCCAGCGCCAAAAAGGAGAACCGUUUACAUUUUGUGAUUUAUUAACGUCGAAAACCAUAUUCAAUGUAUUGCAUUCAUUUCCCACAGCAGUGAGAAGCUGUCUACUUUAUAAAAGCCCAUUAAAGUCAUUCGGUACACUUUUACCUAAAAUUCUGAGUAAUCGACCCUCCCCCCCCGAAAAGGUUUAUACGGCACUGUAAUUGCCUGCAUGUAUCACAAGAUGGCGGCAAAGCGUUUGUCAAAAUGAAACUCCUCAACACACAUACUUCCUUGCCACUAAGGUGGCAUCAAAAUAAUACAGCGGUGGCUUAAAGGUUACAACUAAUGCUUCAUUGAUGCUAGUUUGGUAGCCAGUCUAUGGCGUUUUGCACUCUGCGUUAGCGUGAAGCUCGUGAUUUACGACGAAACAUUUUUUACGUUUCAACUUGAAGUGGAAAUAAACAUCUUGAAGUAAUGGAGUCUUAUUUUUGGAAAAAAAAUAGUUCAUUGUCUGCACUUGUCACUGCCAACAUCUCGUGCUCGCAACUCAAAAUGUUUCGCUUUUUUCUUAAGAGCAAAUAACGGAGGACGAUCUGACGAUAGGUGAAUUUGCGAACAGCAAAUAUGCGAGGGUGUUCUUUCAAAUGGGGCAUCCAAAUAAGAGGGAAGCAAGAUUAUGAAAGUAACCAUUUUUUUUGUUUUUAAUUCAUUUGAUGCAAAAUCUAUUGACAGACAUAAUAAAUAAGUACACAUUCAGAUUUUGUUCGUAGUGUAACAAACAUUCAAGUCUGCUGGGGCAUGUAAACAUGGCAUGGAGGACCUUCGUCCCAGUCUUCAUCUCUG